ACCAUCGGCAAGCUGUUAAACGAGGAUUCGGAACGCUUCUCCUUGCCUAUUAAGCGGCGCCACGUCAGCACGGGGCACGGGCUGCAGGGAUUCGUGCUGUACAGCAGCUACCGGCUGAACAUGUCGUCCUUUGUGGUGCUCGGGCUCUCCCCCAUGGCGCUGCACUCGCUGCCACGUGUCAACUCGUGCAGAUGGGAGCCGACGACGCCAGCAUCCCAUGCUGAUGAGCCACGUGGCACUGAUGGUACACGUGGCACAGCCACGUCAGCACGCGCAGGAUUCUCACGACACUUGUUAGAAGUCAAGGGAGGUGGCAAAGAGAGGCCACGGGGGAAAGGGGAUGAGGGAGGUAAAGGGGCGGUUCGAGGCAAAGGGGAUGGGGGAAGUAAAGGGGUGGUACAGGGUAGGGGGGCAGGAAGGGGUAAAGGAGGGGAUGGACGGGGAAACGGGGCGGGUGAUGGGGGAAGGGUAAGGCAUGGGGGUGGGGGAAAGGUCGGGGUAAAGUGGGCGCAUGUGGUGCACAAGGGGAAGAGCGGGGCUGAGAGUGUGGAGGGGAGAAGAGAGAGUGAGAAGAGGGGCGAGGUGGGGAAGGCGGAGGGGAAGAAUAAAGUGAAAAGAGGUGAUGCGGGGUUGAAGGAGCAGCAGCAGGCACUGAGGCAGACAGGCAAGGAGGUAAGGGAGGGAAUUGGAGGGGGAAGUGAAGGAGGGAAGGGGGGAGAGAAGGGAAGGGAUAAGGGAGGAGGAGGCAAUGUAGGAGCGAAGGAAGGAGAGAAGGGAGGAGGGAAGGGAGGAGAAGAUGGUGGAGAGAAGGGGAAAGAGAAAGGGGGAGACAAAGGAGGAGGGAAGGGAGGGGAUGAGAGGAAGGAGGAACAGAAAGCAGGUGGUGUUUCUGGCAGGAAUGUGACAGCGCACUACCCAGGGGAGGGCUUUAAGAUGCGGUAUGAGGCGGUGAUCCUGCAGUGCUCCCUGCAGGCGCCCACGGGGCCGAUAUCGGGCGGCCGGCUGGUGAUGGCGGUGGAUGGGCGCGAGGCCGUGGUGGUAGUGGAGGAGCCAGGGCACGACCUGCCACACGCCAUGCGCACCCAUGAUUUCCCCCAUGCUCUCACCCACUGCUCGUCGCCGCUAUACAAGCCGACACACGCCGGCCGGCUGCGCGAGUGGAUGGAUUUCCACAGCACUGUUCACCGCGUGGACCUCUUCCUGCUGUACGAUGCGGGCGGCGUGGACGGCGCCGUGCGACAUGCGCUGCACCCGCUGCUGGCGGGCGGCUCAGUGCAGAUCGCGGAUCUCAGAGACGCCGCCCGAACGCUCCUGGCUGACCCGAGUAACAGCAGGGUGCUCUCUCUGCUGGCGUUCCUCGAUGGGAAGGGCCAGACUGUUGACGGGAGGUGGCAGGGGGAGGGCGAGGAGGGGUGGACGUGGGUGAGCUUCGGGUGCUUCGUCUUCUCUGUCGACCGCUGUGCUCCUCUGCCCGACAUCAGUGAGGAGGACGAGUGGGCGGUAGAGCGCAUGGUGUAUCGGGACCCUGAGCCAUACUGCAAGGAGAACAGCAGCUACAGCGACAAGACCGUAUGCCAAAAGGCAGAUGGCCUUCGCCAACUCGCCAUCAACCCGCGCAAAACCCUCGUGGUUCAGAGCAACCGGAUUUUGAAUGCGGAGCCGGGAGGCUACAUAGCGCCCACGGGGAGUCGGAUCAGGGAUGACGGCGGGAUUGGACGGGUGGUUACUACCCAAGUCGCAGCCCUCCCUGCUCGCCUGCACCAGAUGAUACCUCCCCUCUCCUCCCCGCACUUGCGACACCUAGCCCCUUUCCUCGCCGCCUCCCUGCUGCUUCUCUUCCUCCUCCUGCUGCGCCGCACCGUCGCUCGCACGUUCCUUGCAGCUUCCUCUGCUGUGCGUCGUUUUUUCACCCAGCUGUCCCGUGCUGGAGGUCUCUUAUUGAAGCCUGAAGGGCGUAAAACACCUUUGCACCAUGCCGGGAUGCGAGAAGACAGCUUGCAGCUGCAGCGGAGGGCCCCGCUUGUCAUUGGUCAGGAGCAGGAGCAGCAGCAGGAUGAGGAGGGGCAGAAGAAGGAGGAGGAGGAGUCACCAGCUGCAGCAGCAGCAGCAGCAGCAGCAGCAGCAGCAGCAGCAGCAGCACCGCCACCAGCAGCAGCAGCAGCAGCAACAGCACCGCCACCAGCAGCAGCAGCAGCAGCAGAAAAGAAAAGAAACAAAGCAGCAGCAGCAACAGCAGCAAUAGUAGCAAUAAUAGCACCAGAGGAGCUUGUGUCAAGUCUUGAAGAGAUUUCGUACUUGCGGGAUAGGUUUCGGCUUAUGAUUGAGGAGGAGGAGGAGGAGGAGGGGGAGGAGGAUGACGAGGAGGAGGAGUGGGGGGAGGGGGAGGACGAGGAGGAGGAGUGGGGGGAGGGGGAGGACGAGGAGGAGGAGUGGGGGGAGGGGGAGGACGAGGAGGAGGAGUGGGGGGAGGGGGAGGACGAGGAGGAGGAGUGGGGGGAGGGGGAGGACGAGGAGGAGGAGUGGGGGGAGGGGGAGGACGAGGAGGAGGAGUGGGGGGAGGGGGAGGACGAGGAGGAGGAGUGGGGGGAGGGGGAGGAGGAGUGUGGUGAGGAGGAGUGGGGGGAGGAGGAUGAGGAGGAAUUGGGGGAGGAGGAGAUGGAGUGGGGGGAGGAGGGGGAGGAAUGGGGGGAGGAGGAGGAGGAAUGGGGGGAGGAGGAGGAGGAGGAGGAGGAGGAGGAGGAGGAGGAGGAGGAGGAGGAGGAGGAGGAGGAGGAGGAGGAGGAGGAGGAGGAUGAGGAGGAGGGGGGUGAGGAGGAGGGGGGUGAGGAGGUGGGUGAGGAAGGGGAGGGUGAGGAGGAGGAGAGGUUGAGCACUGAGGGGAUAACGGAGCAAGAGCAACAGCAGGUUCAGCAGUCUCUGAAGCAACUGAUUGGUGACGGUGGGGCUGACGAAGGGACUAUUGUUGCUGCUGUUCGUAAUGCUGCUGCUGGUGAUGGUGGUUCCAGUGGUGGCAGCAGUGGUGGUGGUGGUGGUGAUGUAGAUGAAGUGUUUGAGUCACUGAAUGCGGCAGAUGACAUUUUUUCAAUGAUGCUGGCACUUGAUGUGCGCUGGGUGGAUGCAACAGAAGGUUCAGGUGAAAAUUCAGGAAAAGCAGCAGCAGGGGAAGCAGCAGCAGGGGAAGCAGCAGCAGGGGAAGCAGCAGCAGGGGAAGCAGCAGCAGGGGAAGCAGCAGAGGGGCUAGUAGAGGAAGCAGCAGAAGAAGAAUCACAGGGAACAGCAGAGGGGGCAGCAGAGGAGGAAGUGGACGAAGAAUCCGAGGGAGAAGCAGGGGAAGCAGCAGAGAAAGCAGCUGAGGAAGAAGCAGAGGAAGCAGCAGGAGAAGCUGCAGGAAAAGCGGGCAAAGCAGAGGCUGUGACGGGCGUAGAGGAAGCAAGGACGGAACACGAGGAGAGGGGGAUAGAUGGGGCAUUGGAGCAUUUUAACUCGCACGGCCACAUCCCACCAGAGGAUCUCAAGCAGAUCUGGGCGGCGUGGCGGGCAUCUGGUGACACGUGGCACACUCACAGGGACUCUGUGCGGCUGAUAGUGUUCAACUCCGCCGUCCAGCUGGCACUGGAUGAGUGCAUGAGGUCGCCCUGUCACCCCACCUCCUCCGGCCCAUCAUUCCUCACUGGCAUGGCAGCAGCCGUCGGCCUCUCACAAUCCGUGGCCCUCGCAGCAACACUCAAAGGCGUGGUUGCCAGGCUGGAAACAGAGCUCAUCGCUUGCAACGUGAGUCUACAGGGUGUUUGUGAGGAUACGGAAAGGCACACUAGACCAGCAGCCAAUGUCGGCCUCUCACCACCCGUGGCCCUCGCAGCAACACUCAAGGGCGUGUCUGCCAGGCUGGAAGCAGAGCUUGUCGCUUGCAAUUAUGACUCCAGCACCCCGUUCCUCCCGCUUUCACCCAUCUUCUCCCCUUGCCCCCGUCUUCUCCCCUUGCCCUCAUCUUCUCCCUUUGCCCCAUCGUCUCCCCUUGCCCUUAUCUUAUCGGUUGCCCCAUCGUCUCCCCUUGCCCUCAUCUUCAUCCAUCCCCACCAGCCUGAGCUAGCGUCUUCAGCCAACUGUCUGGGUGUCAUGCUGACUCGCCGGCAGCGGGAGGAGCUGGCAUGGAUGUAUGAAAGGGCUGCUGGUCCCAUGCAUGUGGUGCUCGUGAGGACUGCUCUUGGGGCGUGUUCUCACCACCCAGUCGCCCACCCCCCAUUUGCUUACAAUCCACCCGUCAUCCCACCCUCCCAUCCCCCCACCCACCCGUCCACUGACAGGCGUGUUCUCACCACCCAGAUCGCAGCCCUCCCUGCUCGCCUGCACCAGAUGCUACCUCCCCGCUCCGCCCCUCUCCCCCUCCGCCUCGCCCUCCUCCUCUCCUCCUCCCUCCUCCUCCUCUGCCUUCUCCUCCGCACCUCCCUCGUCGCACGUAGCUUCCAAGCAGCUUCCGCUGCUGUGCGCUCAUUCUUUGCGCCUGUGCUGUGGGCUGUGAGUCCCGAGGAGGUUUUGCAGCAGCAGGAGGAGGAGGCUGAACGGAAUGCACAGCAGCAGCAGCAGGAGCAGGAGAAGGCUGCGCGGAAGGCAUUGCAGCAGCAGGAGCAGAAGGCUGAGCGGAAGGCCCUGCAGCAGCAGCAGCAGCAGCAGCAGCAGCAGCAGCAGCAGCAGCAGGAGGAGGAGGAGGAGGAGACGGAGAAGGAGGAGAAGAAGGCUGAUCGGAAGGUAUGUGUUGAGAAUUCUAAAGAAAUGCCAGCUUUCGCUGCUAUGGGCUCAUUCUUUGCGCCUGUGCUGUGGGCUGUGAGUCCUGAGGAGGUUUUGCAGCAGCAGCAGGAGGAGAAGGCGGAACAGAAGGCAUCGCUACAGCAGGAAGGGAUAGCUAAUCGGAAGGUAUCUGCUGAGAAUCCCAAAUUAACGGCAGCUGCCGCUGCUGUGCGCUCAUUCUUUGCGCCUGUGCUGUGGGCUGUGGGUCCUGAAGAGGUUUUGCUACAGCAGAAGUCACUGCAGCAGCGACAGCAGCAGCAGCAGCAGCAGGAGAAGGCAGAGCAAAAUUCGCUGCAGCAGCGACAGCAGCAGCAGCAGCAGCAGCAGCAGCAGCAGCAGAAAGAGGGCCAGCAGAAGCAUAGCCGGCAGCAGCAGAAGCAGCAGCAGCAGCAACAACAGGAGCAGACAGGCAGUAGCGGGAUUGGUGAAACUGGUAGUUCUGCCUUUGUGAUGAAAACUGUGUUUGGGUUCAGUGGCAGUUAUGCUGGUCUUAAUGGUGGAGUGGAACCAGCAGGGAAAGAGGCAGAAGACAUUCACCGCACCAUGCUGGCUCUUGAAAUGAGUCUGGUUGAUACAACAGAACGCUCAGGUGAAAGUUCAGGUGAACGUGCAGGGAGACCAGGGAAAGCACAGAAGGGCAUGGGUGGAGUAAGUAGUCAAUCUGGGAAGAAAUUUAGUCACCACCUCAAUCAAUCCAACACAGGCAGCAGAGUGGAUCGUAAAGCAGUGAAGGGUCAAAAGAACGGCAAUGGGAUCAAAUCGGAUCUUGUCCCGGAUUGGUGGCGAGAUGCCUGGAGUGAGUUGGCCUUGCAGCAGACACAGCGGUUGGUUACAGGCUCGACUGCAGGCUCGGGUGCAGGCGCGGGCAGUGGCCAAGCUGGAGUGGCUGGUUCGGGAGGCGCUUCGGUGAAGGACACACGGGUCGCUGUGAUGGGUAAGUGGGCUGGGAUGAUGUGGGUUGCAGUGGGAUGCAGUUGGAAGGGGCUGGGGCUACUUGGAUUGGGUGCUUUGGAGCAGUUCAACUCGCAGGGGCACAUCCCGGCAGAUGCUCUCAUUCAGAUCUGGGCGGCGUGGCGAGCAUCUGGUGACACGUGGCACACUCAGAGGGACUCUGUGCGGCUGAUAGUGUUCAACGCCGCCGUCCAGCUGGCACUGGACGAAUGCAUUGGCUCCCACCAGCCGCCCAAACUCCCCACCUCGGGCCCAUCAUUCAUAGUGGCCAUGGCAGAAGCUGUGAGCCUGGCCCCUCCUGCGGCCCUGGCAGCAGCGUUGCGAGGGGUGGCCAGCAGAGUGGCAGCGGAGCUCGUGGCAUGCAAUGAGCUGUUAGAAGCGAGUAAGAGGGGCGAAGCAGAGGCGAAGCUACGGCAGAUUUCAAAUCUCCUCUCAGAGUUCACUCCUGCUGCAGUCGCGCCGGAACUGGCAUCCUCAGCCAACCUUGUACGCGAGAUGCUGUCGCAGCGAGAGCGGGAGGAGCUGGCAUGGAUGUAUGAAAAGGCUGCUGGUCCCAAGCAUGCCAAGCUCGUGAAGAAAACGCUUGGGCUGCGAUGA